AUGGUAACGAAAACUUCUAUAAUGCUUGGACUUGGUGAAUGUGAUGAUGAGCUGAAGGAAGCCAUGGCUGAUUUAAGGACAAUUGACGUUGAUAUUUUAACGCUAGGACAAUAUUUACAGCCAACUCCAUUACACCUGACUGUCAAAGAGUACGUUACCCCUGAAAAAUUCGCCUUCUGGAAAGAUUAUGGGGAGUCUAUUGGUUUCCGUUAUGUAGCCAGUGGACCAUUGGUUCGAUCCUCGUACAGGGCAGGGGAGCUCUUUGUUAAGACGAUGGUCAAAGAGAUGGCUAAAAGCACUUCUGAUAUGUCAUAA